AUGGCCAAUUCGCUGCUGCUUCCUAUAUUUGCGUGCGCUUUGCUUGUUGCUACGCUCGCCGUCGCAGGAAGCUUCAACAAUGACUUCGACAUUACUUGGGGCGAUGGUCGCGCAAAGAUACUCAAUAACGGGCAGCUUUUGACUCUUUCUCUCGACAAUGCUUCAGGUUUCGGCUUCCAGUCCAAGAGUGAGUAUCUCUUCGGCAAGAUUGACAUGUAGCUCAAGCUCGUCCCCGGCAAUUCUGCCGGCACCGUCACCGCCUACUAUUUAUCGUCUCAGGGGCCAACACAUGAUGAGAUCGAUUUUAAGUUCCUUGGGAACCUUAGCGGCGACCCUUACAAAUUGCACACCAACGUGUUCACACAGGGGAAGGACAAUAGGGAGAUGCAGUUCAAGCUCUGGUUCGAUCCCACCAAGGAUUUCCACACCUACUCUGUUAUCUGGAAUCCCCAACAAAUUAUCUAA